GUUGAAAUGAGACUCUUUUUGUAGUCAGAGAGAAAAUCACAAUGAGCAAACAUGCAGCAGGAAGAGUAAUGACAUUGAACUCUUGCCGAACAUCGAUCACUUUACAAAUUGAAUGUCUUUGAAAGAAAAGUGAUUCAUUCUUCUUGAAUUUAUUAAUUAUAUCAUUAUGAAUAAGUUGUAGAAUGGUUCAUUUGAUGAUGAGAGUAGCUGUAGCUAAUAUGAGAGUACCAAUAACAAUAAUAAAUGAAAGAAUAUGACGAGAAGAUUUUAGUUCAACAGUAGAGACAGUUGAAAAUUUUCGAUGAACAUUAUGAGUGUUUAAUCUAUUACACGAAACUAGAAGGAAUCAGUAUUUAUGCAUCACAGAACAAACUUUUCUGUCUUGAUCGAUGGAUAUUUUCGUUUCGUACGAAUAUGAUAAAUUAAUUGUAGGCCAUAAAAAAUCACUAUCAACACAAAUAGCAUAACACCGGCUGUAAUAACUUGUUUGCCACUACUUGACACUAGGGUGUGGGUGUGGGUGUGGGUGCGGGGUAUGGGUGUGGGUGGGGUGUGGAUGUGUGGGUGUGGGUGUGGGUGGGUGUGGGGUGUAGGUGUAGGUGUGGGUGUGGGUGUUGGUGUGGGUGUGCGUGUUUUCUCUCACGUUCAUAUCCACACCCACACCCACACCCACACCCACCCACAAAUAGAAAGAUUUAAGUGUGCGUCGAUAGUUGUCUCAUUGCUUUGUUCUAUCAAUUCAACUGAACUAGAUUUAGAAGUAGGACGAAUAUAACUAUUUUAGUUUGCGUACGCAUGUAUUUGUGUCCUACUUCUAUAGUAUAAUUUGACAAAGUGGAAUAAAUGAUGAUGCGAUAUGCACAAGAAAAUCAACGUUUACAAUUACAAGACUAAUAAUAAUAGCAGAAAAAUGAUGAAUCUCAUAGCUGUAGUAAUUUUUCUUCUUCUUCUUUUUUUCUUCGUCCGGUGUCUCGACAUGAAAUUCAUCGAGAUUGACGCAUUUAUUAACGUUAUUUAAAAUGGUAUCCUCUCAUUUGUGAACAUAAAAUCGAAAACUCAAAGUUUAUUAAAUUAAAUUAUACUUCAUUUUUUAAUUAAUUUGAAUUUUUCCGAUUCAAAGUGAUUGACAGUGUCAAAUUUUCGGUUUUGAAUUCGCUAAAAUUCAUUUCUUGAAAAGAACUCCGAAAAUCAAAAUCGUUUGCUUUUAUUAUUUAAUAGUUUUUACUAAAACGAAUUUCAACAACCAUUUUGUUUGAAGAAUUAAAAUUUGUAGAGUUCGCUCCUGUUUUCUACAUUAUUUCUAUAUUUUUUAGGAAGGUGUAGAGUUCGCUUGAUAUAUACUUACAAGGUAUCGAUGUAUUCAGCUCUUAUUAGUAGAGUGCGCUAAACUACGUAGUGCUCUUCUUCUUUCUCUAAACUAAGUGCCAUAUUUAGAGUUCAUUAGACCGAAUUACCAAUAUGAAUGUCAUAAGCCUGUUUUCGUAUUGGAACUCUAUUUAGUUUCUAUAAUCACAUAAGAUCAACACCCCAUUGAAAAGGAACUAAUUGAAACCCAAGAAUAUAAUUAUUCAGCAACGAAAACUGUGGAAAAAUUGUAAACAGGACAAAAUUUAGGCGUUGAUAUUCGAGUUCUUUUCAAACUAGCAUCCACCGAGGUCACACUUUGAAUAGAUAUUGAAUCAUAUUUGUGGAACAUUGGAGAAACAAUUCAAAAUCUUCCUUCGAUCUUCAUGAAAACUUUCUUAUUUUUCGCCCCUUGCUCGAGCUAUAUUAGGGUUCGUUUUUUAAUACAAGAAUUAAGUAAAUCACCUUCCUAAAAGCGGGUGUGGGUGUGGUUGUGAUUGUGAGUGUAGGUGAGAAGAAUGGUAACAUCCAUAUCCCAUACUCACCCACCGACAUCCACUCCCACGCCCACACUCACAGCCUUUUUAAGCUCAUUUCGGUCUAUGGUGAAAAUGUCUUUCACAGUUUGUGGGGCAGGCUGGAGGAUUCACUUUUCUUGCUAUAUCAUAUAACACUCAUGAGCAAUCGUUCUUUUGCAAUAAGUGCUGGUUGUUUCGGAACUAAAAAACAGAAAUCUAUGCGAAGAGACUGAACGAAACAAGAUUGUAUAUACUGUGAAUGUGGAUUAUAUUCGUUUCGAAGUCGUUCCGUGCUCAAAUUCUAUCUCUUUCUUCGUACGCAUCAGAGUUGGAACCGGUCGUUAUACCGGCCGGUAACAGAAAUUUCUAUACCGGCAAAAUAUCGGCAUAAAAUCGGUGCUUACUAGUAGAAUAGAGGUCACUUAUCGGUUAUAUAUUACAUGAUUUCAAAUGAAAUUUGAGUACAAUCUCAAGUCAUCUUUCUCUUCAAAUAUACACACAUCAAUACUUGUGAUGCUUUUGAUCAUUGAAUAAUACAAGAAAAGGAGUGAACAUUGAAGAAUCUUAUGAAAAUCCCGCCGAAAAUGGUAUUCUAUUUCGAAUGCUGUACCGAUUCAGUACAAUGUUUAUAGCGGAUCGAACAGGUCUCGCUGGUAUACCGAUUUGAUUCCAACUCUGCUACGAAUAAUGUCAAAACAUAUCUCCUUCUCUUUAUUCAUUCGAUUUUUUAUUUGUGUCGAGACACAAUCAGAACGCUAAGAAAAAUUUUAUUGAAUUAUUAAAACCUUCAAAUCUGUUCAAAUAUUUGCUUUGUUUUCUCAUACAAAUCUAUACUAGUAAAAUGCUUCUCAACGCAUACUCCAUCUUUUGCUUUGUCGAAAGAUAAAAUAGAAUACAAGCCAAGAUGUAUCUUGUGCUUUAUCAUCCUUAUAUCUCUCUUUGUCUACUGUUGAUAGAAACACAAUCGUUAGUUUUUACGUUUCAGUCGAGAAAGAAAUGGCUUCAAAAGAGAACUUGAUAGUAGCUGUUUUGGGCUUGGGCGGCAUGGGUACCGGAAUCGCUGAAAACAUAUUAAAAAAUAGUUAUAAACUCGUUGUUUGGAAUCGAACUCAAUCGAAAACAAAAGUAUAUGUCUUAUCUUUGUGGGUGUGGGUGUAUUAAAGAGAAGAUACCUACACUCACACCUACACCCACACCCACACCCAGAUCUAUGUUAAAACAUAUAUGAAAAUUUACCUGUAAGAAGUUCGUUUAUUCAAGUAGUAUAAAUGUUUUUCUUUUGCUUUUCGUUUGUGUAGAGAUAUGGCGAAGAAAAGAAAAAUGGGAUGGGAGAGACGGUAAGUGCAGAAAGAAUUUGUUGAGAGCUAGCAGGAUGUAUAUCAAAUUAUUUUAAAGGAAGAGGUCCACGUUUUUUCAUUCUAUGACCCUUUGUCUUCAAUAAAAAGAACGAUUCUUGCUGAGAAAAAAUGAAAAUUUUCUUAAAGUGGGGUGUACAUGCAUAUUUUCUGCGUCGCUAAGUCUCUGUGUUUUCUUUGAGAUAAGAUCGAAUGAUAAAACAAUACGAAAACUUUUUAUGACUUAUUUUAACAACUAGAGAAUAGAAAAAAAGAGUUUUCAAAUAUGUAUGCCUUCAUAGUUGAAUUGGUUUUUAUGAAAUUUAAUGGGUGUGAGCGUAGUUCAAGAGAUGACCUUCACUGACAACCGUACUGAUACCUACAUCUUUUGUUUUUUUUCUUUAAUGCUGUAUAGAUAGUUGUAUUUUUUGUAGCUUUUUUCGGAAUCAUUUAAAAAAAAACAAACAGAGUCAAAGCCAACUGGCAAUCGUUCUACUACGGGGAACGUGAAAUCUGGAUCCUAGCAUCAAAGACUCACAUCCUAUUUCAAUGCGGAACUUUUAAUCUGAAUUUGGAAAAUAAAAUUUGAAUGAAUUUCUACUAAUACCUUGCAACAAAUAUUCAACCUCAUCCUACAAGUGCACAAUUUAAUAUGAAAAGUCAUUUUUAUUUUUUUCUUGAAGUCCCUAUUUAGCAAAGGAUGCGGGUAUGGAUGUGUGAAGAAGUAAUCAACACUUACACACACCCACACUCGCUUGCCAUCAGCGAUCUGUCGAUUUUUCACUCUGUUUCUUCUUAUGGCUGCACAGUGCGAAAGAAAAAACAGCCAACAUCGACGCAAUUCCUGAUGACAACGAAAUGACGAACGACAGAACGAGAAAAUAUAUACGAUACAGUAGGUUUUACAUGUAAUCAGAGAAAAUAUUGUUUUUUGUUUGUGAAAGGUAAUGACGAAAGAGGCACACUGGAUUUCUCUCCUUUCGUUUUCAUUUUCUGGUCUACCUAGAUUGCUUAAUUUGAAUUCAAUUAUGAAUACAGUCAUCGCAGUUUGAAAUCAUUCCUAAAAAACGAAACAACAAGUCUGAGUCAACUUGUGAAUAAAGAAAUAGACGAAGAGGCAAACAAUUUUUGUCGGAAUUCGAAUCAUCAGUUGACGGAGGGGUGCUGUAAAAUGCCGGAUAAAAUGCAAGCAAUAACCUCUAUCUGACCUGGGGUGUGAGUGUGGGUGAGGAAGAGAUCAACACCCACACUAGCACCUAUCUACAUCCACCACACCCACACCCAACACUAGAGACCUACGGAAUACUCCGAAACCCGAUUCCAAGUCUGACUCCGUCGGAGUCGGAGUCAGCAAAACGAAAUUUUUCGAAGUCGGAGUCAGGUUUCGCAAUAAAAAAACCUGACUCCGUAGAUCUCUAUCCAUUACACUCACACCCACACCCACACCCACACCCGCACACCCACCACGCACACCAACACCCAACAUGCCCACAUCCACCACGCACACUCACACCCAACAUGCCCACACCCACAACACCGGCACCCACACACCCACACCCCACAUCCGCACACCCACACCCGCACACCCACACCCGCACACCCACAUCCACACCCACCACACCGGCACUCACACACCCAUACCCCACAUCCGCACACCCACACCCGCACACCCACAUCCACACCUACACCCCUCUUCUAUAUAAGUUGUGUUUGGAAGUAAUAAUAAACAAACAAAGUUAAGUACACUUUCCAAUUCCGCGAAAAAGAAGAUUUAUACGACAGAAUUAUUUUGCCUAUAAAAAGCAUCAAAAUACAAGCAUUCGUACGAUAAAAUUCACUGACAAAUAGCAAGUAAUAUAGAAUGGUAAUCUACCUGUUUACAUUAAGUUUAUUGUAAGCAAAAUAUUAAUAUAAUGUUCAUUUCUUGUAUCUUUUUAUUUUUUUCAGUUUAACGGCAAAUACUUUUGUACGAGGUCAGUACACUGGUUUUAUUUGAAAAUAUUUCAUACGAGUGCUCAGUAUAAUACUGUUGCUUGUCUAGGCCAAUCGUCAAUCACUUUAGCGGUUUGUCCAACAGCAUCGUGGAAUUCAAAUGGAACCAUUAUAGCAGGUGUUAAUGGACAAGGUUCGGCUUUCGAUCAACUAAAUUGUCCAACAGAUAUUGCUUUGACAUCAAGUCUUACUCUCUAUGUUACCGAUCAUUACAAUAAUCGUACUCUACAAUUUUCUAAUGGGUCCAGCAUGGGCAUGAAUAUUCCAGGAGGUUCAACUUACUAUUCACCGACUUCACUGUUCCUUGAUCUGAAUGAUAAUCUUUACAUCAAUGAUUUUGGAAAUAAUUUGAUUAAAAAAUUGAGUACUACAAAUAUUAUCUCGAUAGUGGCUGCUGUCAACACAAGUGGUGGGAUUUUUGUUGAUGUUAAUCAAAAUAUAUAUUACUCUUGUUCAACUAAUCAUCAUGUGAUUGAACAGACUUUAAGUGGAGCAACACGUCGAGUUGCUGGAAAUUCAACUCGUGGAUCAAGUUUGUCUCAACUUGAUACACCUGCCGGUAUCUAUUUAGACUCAAAUUCAAGUAUGUACAUUGCUGAUAUGAACAAUCAUCGCGUGAUUAAAUGGCUAAUGAAUGCUACAUCAGGUGUAAUCGUCGCUGGAGGCAAUGGGCCAGGAACAGCUCUCAAUCAACUUAACACUCCAACAUUUGUUUUAGUCGAUCAGUAUGGAACUGUGUAUGUAUCUGAAACUUUUAAUAAUCGUGUAACAAAAUGGUUACCUGGUAGCUCAACUGGUAUAGUAAUAGCUGGUGGUAGUGCAGGCACUGCUUUGAAUCAACUUUACACAAAUUAUGGAAUAAAAUUUGAUGCCACUGGUAAUCUCUACGUAGCAGAUUGCGCAUCUUACCGAGUACUGAAAUAUCAAAUCAUUAAUCCUUGUUCAGUCAGUGCGACUGUUUCAACAACAGUGGUAUCGACAGUAACUAGUAUUACUAUCAACACAAGUACAAACAUGAACAAUGGAAGUACUAACACAAAUAUUGGAUCAAUAACAUCAACUUUUAUAACGAACGCAACCACCUCAUUAUUAUCAUCAACAUUCGUGAGCAGUAAUUCUAGCUCGAUUCAAUCAAACACACAAACAAAUAAUGCAGUUUUGAAGACACAUAGUGCAUUUAUGAGCCUAACAAUAGCACCGAUGUUGAUUAUGUGUUGGCACUUUUUUAAUGUUUCAUGA